AUGUCCCGCUACAACCACUGCCUGUCAUGCAUGCCACACCAGCACUGUGGCCCGACCCCACUGGCCAACAGCUGCAAUGAGCCCUGUGUCAGGCAGUGCCAGGACUCCACCGUCAUCAUCUAGCCCUCCCCUGUGGUGGUGACCCUGCAUGGGCCCAUCCUCAGCUCCUUCCCACAGAACACCGCCCUGGGCUCCUCCACCUCCGCUGCUGUUGGCAGCAUCCUCAGCUGUGAUGGAGAGCCCAUCACCUCUGGGUGCUGUGACCUCUCCUGCAUUGCCAGCCACUACUGUGGCAGAAGGGGCCACCCCUGUUAA